AUGUCAAAUUUAUCUAGUAAUACGAGUAGUAAUAAUCAACACCUCAUGCAUGAAGUCGCCCCUCUCGCUGAGGCCAGGAACCCAGUUCUUGCCUCUUGCUUCACCACCGAUGUCUCUGCUACGGUUGUUCGCUCGUUCCAUUACUCUUCGACCCGGGCGGGCGGGGUAGAGACCUCUCCGAGUCGCCAGGGAAAGUGGGCGGCCCGUACCAUUAUCACAGAGUGUGAGAGACUCUGCGAUGGUGUUAUGCGUCAAGUUUUCUUCGGUUAUGGAAGGAAAUCUGCGCAGGCAUCUACUAUGGACGUGUCGUUAAAAACAAUCGCAGGAGGGAACGGCAACAGCAUCAUUCCCAGCGUCGGCAAUCAUGUCGAUGCCUUCCAGAAGCCGCAUACUCCACCAACCACUCCUCCCUCAUCUCCUCCUAAGGGUGUAAAAAGCCCUGUCAGGAGAAUGAUGAGGCGGUCGUCGGAGUUGCAAACUAGGGUUGCGGCUUACUUGGAGGUUUUCGACUACGUCGGCGGGAGUGCAUUCCGAGGAUUCGUAUCCGAAAAAGGUCCUUUGAACAAGCCUGAGAGGUCUCUCUUUUUGUUCUUUGAUAAAGGUGUUAAUGGCACCGAACUCAAGUCCGGACUCGUUGCUUUGAUCGAUCUCGCAACGGAAUGCUUUGAUUGUCAGGAUCUAGUCAUUUGUCUUGAUCGGGAAACCGACGGACUUGACUCGCUUGUUCACAACCUCGGAUGGGUUGGCCUUGAGCUCGCUACACUCAAAAAUUGGGCUUCUCAGGACCUUCGAGAUGAAGUUACCACCACUCACAAGCUCGACAGAGAAUACUUCACCUCCGACAAAUGGUUGUUCCUCGGAAUGGAAUUGUAA